CUCUAUUUGGACCAAAGAGUGACGGGGACUAGAGAGACUCUUAACAGUUGAAGUUGUGAUUUGCCAUAGCUCAAGAUCUGCUUUCAGGAGUGCCGUCCAUCUGGGCACUUGGGAUCAGAUAGAAGGACCGAAGAUUGGUCAGACUGGACAGGCGAACUGGGCUCCGUCGCCAUGGGUAGCGCAGUGUCUCUAUUCUGAAGGAGAGACUGUACAGAUGCCGGAUGGGAAGUGCUACAAAGCUCGCGGAUCAGCAUCGUUGAAAACAGUCGCCGCUGAACCCGGAUGUCCUGAACACGACAAGUUUUAUGUCAUCAUCGGUCGCAUCUACGAGCCGUCGCCAGAAGAUUUGGCGUUAAUUCAACAAAUCCAACAGGAAAAUCGAAUGGCUCACUAG